AUGGGUUUCCUUAAUCCUGCCCACCAAUCCCGGCUCCAGUUCCCUACCACGAACACUGUUGCCACCAUCUAUGUCAUCCCCAAACCACAUCGGUGGAUCUGGACUCUAAAUCCCCCUUUUAAAGAAACUAAUGCCAGCCACAUCCCAAGCCCUAUAUCCUCCACAACAAUUAAUAUAUUUCUAACAAGCUCCAAGUUGUUGUCGCUUUUCAUGGUAACCACCGCACAACCACCCAUCCUAAAAUUCAAUCGGAAGAGCAACAACAUUUACAGCCGCCAACCCCCGACACCACACCAACCACCGAUUCUCCCUUCUCCAACAGCUGGCUAUAUUAACCAUCUAUCUCCGACUGUACUGUUGAUCGCUGACCACAAAGGUAAGUAGUGCCUCAAGAUGUUGAUUCCUCAUGAUGAAGGGAAAUAUCACAUGGUUGACUCCUUAUGCACUUCAAUGGAGCAAAUAAUGCAGAAUCUGGCCUUGGAAUAGCCCAACUUCAACCCUAAAGCCCUGCUAAUGAACCUGGUGCAUUAAUGCAUGCACAUUGACUUUCUUGCUUUUUCAAUAUAAUAUAGGCAAGUGUAUCAACUCUUAACUCUCAAGUAUCUCUCAUCUUCCUGUAUCUUAGUCUAAGAUAAAUGCUUAUGUUUUAAACUUUUAACUGCUAAUUGUUUAUUUAUAAUUCCCUUUUUAUAAAU